GGGGAACCUGGACAAUCUGAUCCUUUCGACGAGAAAUCUCAUCAUCACAGUCGGGCGAUCAUCAUCAUCAUCACCAUCAUCAUUUCACAACCGUUGUUAUUCUUCAUCUUAUCAGAUUGUGAUCAGAUAAGAACCGAUCAUCGUUAAUACUCCUCAGGUACCUACUUCCCAUAUUGCUGUCAACUGGCCAGGGCUUUCUCUCUCUCGGGGGACGGAAAAGAGGCUAGUCAGCUCAGCCCAGCCUACGCAUCUGCUGCCGUCAUUACUUCCACGUCGAAUGAGGGCGAGGCCAAGACUCGGAAUACGAGAGCUAGUAAGAGUUUUUGGGCGUGCAGUUCGUGGCCAUGACGGCCAAGGGGAACGAUUGACACCUUUUUCCCACAGCUACAUUGGCAGAUUUUUGUCUGCUGCUGCUGUACUCAAGAAGCGGUAUCUCCUCUAUAACGUUCUUUUGGAGGGUGUGGACAUACAGGCUAUGGUGGCGGUCUGGUUGAGGGCGAUUUGAUCUUUUUCAUUGGAAAGAAAUCUCUGUCCUCCAUCCCAACCAGUAGCAGAUCAGCACCAGCCCAGUUACAAGCAAAAAGGAGAAGGAAAGGGCAUCAUCGAGGAGAAAGCAUCAUCGAGAUCAACACGGAAACAACCCACGGGAAGUCAUGCCGACAACCAUCCGACAACUCCUCACUGGACCCAGCAGCCACCCCCGAUAUGUCCGACUGCACAAUGCCAGCUACACGACCCGAGAGCUCCUCGGCGAGAUCAUGUCGAUGGCGAGCCGGAUCGUACGCCGCGUGUCGGAGGCGGAGAUGAACAGUAAUGAUCAGAGAUGGUGGCCGAUUCGGGAAAUCGCCAGCAAGUGGGACAGUAUUCGAGCGUAUCCGGAGAUGUUGCAGGAUGCAGAUCUGGAGUUGUUGAAAAUUCUGGUACUGGAUGCGUAUGCUGAUAUGGAGAGGCUGGAGGCGCGCUGAAUGAGGUCUGUGUGCAGAUCAGUGGGAAACCUUGGGGCUGUUAUUUGUUGUUGGUGAUCUUGAAGCAGAGACUGCUGCUAGUGGGAGCAUUCCAUGUGAAAGGAGUGUAUGCAAGGCUGUGAGAGAGAAGCUGGAAGCUAGAAGUAUCAGCUGAGUAACAGGCAGGGAGGUAGAAGCUGAGAUGGGCAGGAGAGACAUUGAUCGUUCCACUCUCCACUCAACUGCCCGUAUGGGAUGUCCAACCUGACAGCACCUCAUUUCUGCACCCUCGUCACACACACGCACAAACACACACACACAGACUUGAGUCAGCCACAUUGCGUCGGAUACACUUGCUGCAUAUAUACGAGGACACCACACCGGCCCCUGUACACGGCUCGUCGGCAGGAGCAUAUGCACAUGCAUGCAGGUAGGAGGUAGGUAGGGUAGGUACGGUGUACUGGCGUUAUCGUCGAGGGCAAGGUCGGCUCGUCGCAUGGACGAGGUGUAAGCUGCGGUACCUGAAGUAUCUUGGAUUCCUGCUGCUAGAUAAGAAAUGUCCACCACACAGCCUGGACAGUAGAAGACUGUAGAGUACUGGAUCGGAGCAGAGACCGAGGGCCAAUGGGACCAUUUCCAUGUCCAUGAUCCUGGAUUGGUCGAAGAGGUUGAUCAACUUGACGGGUAACAACAUGAGGUGGUACAGCAUGGAAGCGGCAGUCCCCAUCAUCAAACGAUGGCAUGGCAGACAGACGCCCUUGUGCUGCAUUCAGGUCGUGUUGGUGCUGUGGACUUCGGCUCGCCAUGCUUGGGACCAUCUGCUCUCAUGCUUCAACCUGCAUGAACAGACAGAGAAAGCGGAGGCGGAAGCUUGCCUUGCAGACGAGUGAGCUCGGGGAGACUAUAUGUACCUACAUACCUGACAGGUACUCUCGGGAAGCUCUCGGCAGGAAGCAGAUGGGGGCGGCGAAGGGAAAAUUUGUCGAUGGCGAGGACCUGCUUUGCGCUACAGUGGCGUUCCUGUCUCGACUAUCCUUGGCAGGUACAGCGGGUGCUCAAGGAGAGGUAGGUCUGGUAGCUAGUGCCAGACGGGCGCCACCUGAUGGACCUCUCGUGGUCUUGAUCCCGAGAUGGGACACCUUGUCUCGCUGUACUGGGCUCGAAAGUGAGUGAAAGGACGACUGUCCAGGGCCGGCCUUGCAUGUCACACUCGGGGGAAAAGCAAAGCAUUGGUUCUGCAGGGUGGGAAACG